AUGGAUGGACCGCCGCCCCCACCGCCGCCUCAUGGCGAGAAUCCUCAUACCACGGAGGGGGAAUACCGCAAAGCUUCCGAUCUACCACCGGGAAACUACGACAUCUUCAUCGUGCCGCCGCACUCUGCGGGUGCUGGUUUCGUCUAUCUCCCGUCCUUACAAUGCAAUCGAAACAGCUUCCUUGCGGGCGUGGCCAGCACCCUCGCAGUGGUAUAUGUUUGGUCAAUGGUGGCACCAACACUGAAGACGUGGUGGGUCGCGACAGUGUCCAGUCAGAGCAACAAAGGCGUGGUGGUGGUUGCACUCGUGAUCGCGGUCGCUGGCUGGGCCUUUGGAAUGUCACAGUCAGGAUACUUCAAGGGAAGCUCUGAGGGUCCUGACGGGAAGAGACCGCCCGGCGGCGGUUUCGGUGGUUUCGGUUCCUUUGGAGGCUCCAGCGGCCAGAGCUCUCAAGGUCGUUCAUCGGGCCCCGGGCAUGGCAACGGCCAUCAGAACCACGAGCGCGGUGGAAGCACCGGCUCAAAUCAUCAACAAAGGCAACAUGGUGGAAACUACGGUGGUGGAUCAAAUCAUGGUCAACAGUAUGCUGGCAACCAACGUGCCGGCGGCGCACCAGAGGCGGACACAGCACCACCACCGCCUCCUCCUCCUCCCAAGCCCGAGCCAUCGAAUCAUGGCCCGAACGGAGAUGAGUGGGAGAAGGCGCGAGAAGAAACCAGGCGCAAGGAGGAACUCCGUCGCAAGAUGGAGGAGUUCAAACGCAAACGAGAGGCUGAAGCAAAGGAGAAAGAGAGGAAACGAGAACGAGAGGCAAUGGAAAAGGAGUUGAGAGAGCGACGCGAACAGCUCGAGCGCGAAAUGGCCGCCGCUCGAGAGAAGGCGGAGAGAGAAGCACGCGAGAAGGCCGAGAUGGAAGCCAAAUUGGCGCGCGAGAAAGCCGAAAAAGAAGCCAAGGAGAUGCGCGAAAAGGCAGAAAAAGAGGCAAAGGAGGCACGUUUGCGUGCAGCAAGAGAAUUGUCUGAGGCCCGCGCCAAAGCAGCAAAAGCAGCCGCGGAGGCCAAGGCCGAAGCUGAGCGCCUCGAGGCUGAAGCCAAAGCUGAAAAGGCACGCCGUGAAGCCGAAGCUGCAAAACUUGAGGCAGAGGCCAAGGAGAAAGCUGCGAAAGAAGCGGCCGAGAAGGCUGCCGCAGAGAAGGCUGCCGCACAAAAGGAAGCCAUGGCCAAGUUUGCUGCGCUCAAAGAAGCAGCAGCAAAAAGAUACGCCGAGAAGAAAGCCCAAGAAAGCCAGAAGGAGACACCAACCGCGUCCAAAGCCGGAAGCACCAAAAGUGCACAAACCGCACCCCGGACACCGUCGCCGAAGAAACCACCGUUCCCAAUAGCCAAGACAACGUUGGACGACGACGCCUAUUCGUUUCGGCCGUAUGAUCGCCCACGGCGACCAUACGGACAAGCCUCUGGGUCAUCCGCUUAUUCCGAGUCUUCUUAUGCACCGUCGCAAUCUACAGCACGGACUACACCUCCUCCAUCACACCGGGUCUCAUACUCCACAAAAGACCCCGACAAGAUCGUCAUUCUUGGUGUUUAUCAAUUCACCAAUGCGUUCAUGAAAACACCAGUUGCGCAGCUGGUUUCCGGCCAGGGGAUGGUCACCGAUGGACUCGUAUUGCGAAUCACCACCGAAGGUCUUUUUGUGGAUGAUGACCUUCGGGGGGUCGGACAGCGAGAAUGGGAUGUCAAGGCAUGGACUCUGAAAUUGACUGAGGUGUGGUGCCCUCAAAUGGCAACUUCUUCAAGUCCCAAGCAGCCGGCAUCUACCAAUCCUUUCUAUUUCCGCCGCUCAACCCACUCCGUACCCACGAGCGAAGAAUCCGAUGCUUUCAUUACCAACCUACUCAAAGUCUGCAAGAACACCUGUCGCCUAGCGGCCCCCGCUGCAGGGGCUGUCUCUCGCGGUCUCCACGUUCUGCGCGCUAGCCUACGUGACCAAGAAGGCAAGAGAUACGUCUUUGUCCUCCAAGACACCGAGGCAUGGAAAGUUGCUAUUGGUCUCGAACGCCUGCGUGGCGGUGCACUUGUUCGAGCUUUGGGAGCUACUGCCAUGGCGGCUUCAGAUUGCAAGACCAUACUAAACAAUCUGGGCUUCACUUGA